GUUUUUUUAUUUUCUUUUUGAAUUUUAUACUGAACAAUCUCCUUUUUUUUUCAUAGUCGCCAUAUUUUCGCUGUUAGUUUUGAAGAUGACAAAGAAAAUUAGAGGAUCAGGUACAAAGAAACCAAUAAUCAAUGGUGAUUCCAAGAUAUAUCUCAAAGAAAUAAAGAUUGCAUUUAAAGAUGAGAAACAUAAGUACCAUGAAUUUCUAAUGAUUAUGAAAGAUUUUCAAAGAAGAAGGAUUGAUAUACAAAGUGUGAUGGCAAAAGUGAAGAAGUUGUUGAAAUGUCAUGAAGAAUUAUUAUUAAAAUUUAAUAACUUUUUGCCUGAUGGAUUAGAAAUCAAACCUCCAAUAAAGAAGCCAAAGAUGCCUGAAGUGAAUAAAGAAAAAGCUGAAAAAUAUUUAUGCAAAGUGAAGACUCGAUUUCGACGUCAACCUCAUGUAUACGAUUUAUUUCUAGAGAUAUUGAGUAUGUACAAAAACAAAGAUAAGAGUCUUGAGGAGCUGUAUGAAAUGGUUACUUCACUUUUUAAAGACCAUUCUGAUCUCGUCAAUGGAUUUAUUGAUUUUCUUCCAUGACAUAGCUCGUGAUGCAUAUUAAUUACCUUUCUUUGGGAAAGUACUUUGUAAUGAGUUAAUAAAUGCCUAUGAUUAUGUUGGGGAUAUUAUUUUAUUUUAUUGUAUUUAAUUUUAAUGUUUGUAGUUUGAGACAUGUUGUAAGCAAACGUUUCAACAAGAUUUUAUCAAUUUAGUUUAAAAUUUUGAGUAAAAAGAUGAAUUUUAUA